AUCUGCAAGUGAACACGUUACACGCAGCAACAGUCAACAUCAUUUCUGUGCCGCUGUUUGUUGUCUCUUCGGCUGGCUCUUUAGCCGCCAUGGCAGCAACGCCGCUUGAGUCUCUUUGAAUCUCAAAUAUCUUUCCUUUCACUCCUUCAUCUAUGUUACGACUUUAAAACAGCACUUUUUUCCUUAAGCAACAUCUUAUUCAUUUUCCACUACUCCCGUUUGGUUGACGAGAAAUUGUAAAUGGAAUAGAAGCAACUGAAUUGUAGUUCAACCGUUCAUCAUCCCGUUCUUUGAGCAGUUACUUUCCUAUUUCUGGUGUUUUUUCAAGCUGAUAUAUGGCUACUAUUAAUGAGAUUGCAUGUUUUACCUACCUCGGGAUAACUAACGCUGUUUCUCCUAGACGACGUCGUUUGGUUGUUCCUCAGACUUGGUUGAAAUUGAGGAGUCAAUCAUGUUCAAAGGUUCUGGGUGCAGAUUGUAGUCAGAACCCUAGUUUUGUUACUCCGAGGAGGAAUAAAAUCUGGGAAUUUAGAUUGUAUAAUUCUGUUGAAUUGGAUAGGUUUGUGACGAGCGACGAUGAGAAUGAGAUGAGUGAAGGUUUUUUCGAGGCAAUUGAGGAAUUAGAACGAAUGACAAGAGAACCGUCAGAUGUUCUUGAGGAAAUGAAUGAGAGGUUAUCUGAUAGAGAGUUGCAGUUGGUGUUGGUAUACUUUGCGCAAGAAGGGAGGGACUCAUGGUGUGCUUUGGAGGUGUUUGAGUGGCUAAGGAAAGAGAAUAGAGUUGAUAAGGAGACAAUGGAGCUGAUGGUUUCGAUAAUGUGUGGAUGGGUGCAGAAGUUGAUUGGGGCGAAGAGUGAAGCCGGGGAUGUAGUGGACUUGCUGGAGGAUAUGGACUGUGUAGGGUUGAGCCCCAAAUUUAGUAUGGUUGAGAAGGUUAUUUCUUUGUAUUGGGAUGCAGGUGAGAGGGAGGGAGUUGUGUCCUUUGUGAAGGAAGUGUUGAGGAGGCAGAUUGCUUACUCAGAUGGCAACGGAGAUGGGCAUAAGGCUGGUCCCACUGGUUAUCUUGCCUGGAAAAUGAUG